UUGUCCUCCUCGGCCACCGUAUGAUGUCGUGGCGUUUGCUAUGCACUAACUCACCAUAUUUACUUGAUUACCGUUAGCUGUCAUUUCUAGCCUAUUCGGUCUACAUUUGUUUACGUACACGUUACAUAAACCACCGGACAGUGUUACCGUCAGUCGUUCAAGAUGAGACGCGCUGGUGCAGGUGAAGGAGGCCCUGGGAGUUAUGUAGCAAGUGGCUACAGUGUGUAUGAAGAGGAAAAUGAACAUCUACAGGAGGGAUUGAGGUCUAAAGUCCACGCUUUGAAAAGUCUUACCAUCGACAUUGGGACAGAAGUCAAAUACCAGAAUAAAAUGUUGGAUGAAAUGGACUCAGACUUUGACUCGACGGGCGGCCUGCUGGGUGCCACCAUCGGCCGAGUCAAGCAGCUGUCCAGAGGCAGUCAGACCAAGCUGCUGUGCUACAUGCUGCUCUUCUGCUUCUUCGUCUUCUUCGUCCUGUACUGGUUCAUCAAGCUGAGGUGAUAGGAGGACCCAGUUGAACUUCUUAACUCCUCAUCUUCAUCCCCAGCCUGUGCCAUGCUGAUGGAUCAAACCAACAUAAUGCUGAUGAGAACAGGCAGGGAUUUUUUUCCUCAGCUACACAUGUGCCCAUGUAUCUGAGUAUUUAAAAAUCCCAAAUGUAGUCUUCGAUAAAGUCCUUCUGAUGCUGUAUGAUUUGAAUCCUUACAAAUAAACCACGGUCUAAAUAAUGGACCACGUGAAGUAGGUAUGUGGUAUCUGAAGUAUGCGCAAUUGGUGUACUUUAUCAGCCAGUUUACAACUGAUACUCCUGUGUCAAUAACCUUAAUGCAGUCAUUAACACAUUGUAUGGUAAACAUGAUCAAAUGGUAAAUCUGUCAUUAAGUUAUAGAAUGCCACUCAAAGCCAAUAAUCUAGUCUUUUUGCUUUUAAGAAUGAAUGGAUAAAGUACAACAUUUGGCAUCCAUACAUAAAUAGAUAGUAUUGUUCUUCAUUGUUUAUUGUAAAAUAUUUUUAAUGUAAAUAAACACAUUUUAUGAGAUGAA